CUCCAAUUCCCACCAGUGAUCAACUCAGCAGAACCUAAAUCUCCUGAUUGCUGCUUUUAUUCACCUCCUGAAGACUUGGAACUUUACAGGACUCUUAUUUUUUGUAAACGAAGGAUUUGUAAAAACAAGACCUUUUCCACUGCAACAUGGAGACCACCACUGGGGAAUAUGUUGAUAGCUAUGAGUAUUAUGAUGAUAAUGAGACUGCCUGUGACUUCUCAGAGUGGGAGCCCUCUUACUCCCUCAUCCCGGUCCUCUACAUGCUCAUCUUCAUCCUGGGCCUGUCAGGUAACGGCGUCGUCAUCUUCACUGUGUGGAGAUCCAAAUCGAAACGUCGGGCUGCAGAUGUCUACAUAGGAAACCUGGCCCUUGCUGACCUCACCUUUGUUGUAACCCUACCUCUCUGGGCCGUGUACACAGCGCUGGGCUACCACUGGCCCUUUGGCGUGGCUCUGUGCAAGAUCAGCAGCUAUGUAGUUCUGGUCAACAUGUAUGCCAGUGUGUUCUGCCUCACCUGCCUGAGCUUUGACCGCUACCUGGCCAUUGUGCACUCUCUGUCCAGCAGCAGGCUGCGCUCACGGGGCACCAUGCUGGCGUCCUUGGGUGCUAUUUGGUUGCUGUCCUGCCUGCUGGCUGUGCCCACGCUGCUCUUCCGUACCACUGUGAACGAUCAAAACAGCAACCGGACCACAUGUGCCAUGGACUUCAGCCUGGUGACAAUGAACCAGAGGCACGAAUACCUCUGGAUCGCCGGGCUCAGCCUCUCCUCCUCUGCCUUAGGUUUUCUCCUACCUUUCUUGGCCAUGACCAUCUUCUACUGCUUCAUCGGCUGCACGGUCACACGUCACUUUAACAACGUGCGCAAGGAGGACCAGAAGAAGAAACGUCUGCUGAAGAUCAUCACCACACUGGUGGUGGUGUUUGCCAUCUGCUGGACUCCCUUCCACGUCCUUAAGAGCAUGGAUGCCCUCUCCUACCUGAACCUGGCUCCGAGCUCCUGCGGCUUCCUGCGCUUCCUGCUGCUGGCUCACCCCUACGCUACCUGCCUGGCCUACGUCAACAGCUGCCUCAACCCGUUCUUGUACGCCUUCUUCGACCUGCGCUUUCGUUCCCAGUGUCUGUGCCUGCUCAACCUGAAGAAGGCUAUGCAUGGCCAGAUGAGCUCCAUGUCAUCCACGCUCAGCGCCCAGACUCAGAAGUCAGAGAUUCAGUCUCUGGCCACCAAGGUGUAAAGGGUAAAAUGAAAGGUAGAGCAGGGCUGCAGGCCGGCCCCAGCUCCAACCACUGGAACACAGACUUUACGUGUGCAUUGUUCACAGCUGGUAAGACAAGAUGAUGAACUUUGAAUUGUCACUGCUCACAGUCAUGAAAUCCAUAACGUGCUCCUCCUGUUCUACAGUGAGAGAGGUGGAUGCUCUGUAUGUUGUGUGGACUUGAAGCCGGAGCCAGCUGGCUCAGCUCCUUAGCUACUUUGUUCCUCAAAUUCUCAGAGAAAAAAAGUGUAUUUUUUGUUUUGUCCUGCUCUGUAAAAGUUCUCACUUCUAUCACAAAGGAGGACAGAAUUAUGAUUUAAAAAACACACACUGAUGUUGGUAAUUGUGAAUCAAUUUACACAGAGAUCUGUUUACACUGGAUGCAACAUAAAGCUGUACAGUAUUUUCAUACCAUAGCAUUUUUUCCUUUUGUUCAGAUCUAUUGCUGUUUUGUUUUAGAAGCACUUGUUUAAAAAUGAAAAAAAAAAUGUGUGAGCAGGGAAAUGAAACAGAGAAGUGUCCUCUCAUAAACUUAUUGUUUGUGAAGGUAGAUGUCUGCAGGAGGGAGGUGUGGGGGGGGCGUAAGAGGAGAGAAGGUGUUGCAGCUUAAUUAUAUAGUUUGUGGAGAGGAGACUGGGGGCAGACAGGCAGAUGGCAAUUGACAAAUGUUGUUGGGGAACAGGAACCGGGUGGGGUGAGGUGGGGUGGAGGGGUUUCGCAGUGUAGUCACGGCACUAAAGGGGACAAAGAAACUGUAAAUAAAAGUUCCAAUUUGAUGUAUAUGUUUUAUUUUUUGACAUCACUGUAACUAACUACUGUAUUAAAGAUGUGCUCUAUGAACCUA